CCUUCCUCCCGGCUAGGCCCCGCCCCGGCUGAGGGGACGCGGCGGAAGCCCCGCAGGCCAGGAAGAAUUCACUGGACACCCUCUUAUGAUCAACCAUAAAUGAGAAGGCCAGUAUGGAUGAGAAGCCCGGAGGGAGUGAGCUGUCUCCAGGGAUGCCCCCUGCCUCUCUGAGACGGGUUCCCCGCAAGAGGAGGGCAGAAGUGAGUGGGAAGACAGGGCGUGCUGGCCAGGCCCCAGCCAAGAAGAAGAAGAAGGCUCGCAAAGCCCCUCGGAGAGUUGCCCCUCAUUACCUUGUGCACGAGACGGACAAUGACAUGCUGCUGAUAGUUUCCAACGUGGAGGAGGCACGACAGCGGCCGCUCCGGAAAGUGCCCAAGAAGAAAGGGAAGCAGAAGCAGCAGAAGAAGAAGGGGUUGAAGAAGCAGGCAACACAUGGGAGGAAACGCGUAAAAGGAGAGACUUUGGCAAAGCGGCAUGUGGCUGCUGAGGAUCGAGGAGAAGAAAGCAAGGCAUUCCCCCUCAGCACGCAGCCAGCAACUGGAAGUUCCUGGGGCGAGUGCCUCCCAGUGGAGAUCCUGGUCCAGAUAUUCCAUCACGUUGUGGCAUCAGAAGGCUCCGUGCCGUUCCUCUGUAGGGUGGCCCGCGUGUGCCGGCUCUGGAAUGGAGCAGCUUCCAACCCUGUACUUUGGCAGAAGGUGUCUGUUGGCCACUGCUGGGUAGCCCCAGGCCAAAAACAUUCUGUUCUAGAGAAGAAAGUCCUAGACACAAUGGGGUGGCUGGUUGCCAACCGGUUUUCUCUCCUCCGAGACUUUGCUCUUUGCCACUGGAAAAGCCACGUGCCUUUUGUCCUGAAGGCAAUUGGCAAAUCCUGCCCACUCCUUGCAUCUCUCAAGCUGUCCCAUUGCCGUGGGGUGACCACUGAGUCUCUGUGCACACUGGCCGGAUGCUGCCUGCAACUGGAAAGCCUGAACUUGCAGAAUUCUCAGGUUGACCCUUCGGCCGUAGUCAGCUUUCUGGAAGCUGCUGGCUCUCGGAUCCGCCAUUUAUGGUUAACGUACAGCAGCCGGCUGAAUGCCAUUUUUUCUGUGCUUUUGAAUGGCAGCUGCCCAGAACUGCAGCUUCUAGAGGUGAACACAGAGAUAGAGCAAAGCACUCAGCACUUCCAGCUUCCAAUUGAACAGCUUCAAGUAGCUUGUCCACAGCUGCAGGUGUUGCGCUUGCUCAACCUCAUCUGCUACCCAAAGCCCAUUCCCCGCUCAGCUCCGACUUCCCCUGGCUUCCCACAGCUGCAGGAGCUGUGCUUGGCCACAACCUCUUUCUCCUUCGUCGAUGACAGCAUGCUGAAACGGAUCCUGUGCACUUCGAGCCGACUCCGUGUGCUCGACCUGCGCGGCUGCUUCCGUGUGACACCCAAGGGGUUGGAGCUGCUGCCCUGUCCAGACCUAGAGCAACUCUACCUGGGCCUAUACUGUAGCGCCAGCCACCUGCACCUGCCCCUCCAAGGCAGUCCCCUCAUCACCUGGAAGUGGAACCAUAGCUUGAGAGAGCUGGAUCUGACCGGGCAGAGCUUCAGCGAAGGUGAUCUGGAGCAGGCAAUGGCUGCCUUCACUCAGGGAGAAAGCACCAGAGGGGAGCCAGUCCUGCGCUCCCUCAACCUCACGGGAACCAAGGCUGCCCUCCCUACAGUCAGCACCCUGAUUGCCAGCUGCCCUGCUCUCAGCUACCUCAACCUGUCAUCCUGCCGCCAUUUGCCACGGGGCAUGAAGAAGGCGUACCGGGGUUAUGGUGAAAUCCGGCAAUGUUUGCAGCAGCUCCUGACCAGCUCGGAAGAGCCAGCCACACCAGGGGAUGCCUCAUAGCCUCUCCAGGAAUACUGUAACAGGAGGAUCAGUUCUGUCUCUGCUUGCCUCAGCAAGCCAAGUUCCUGUCCUUUUCAGCACCUACACCUUUCCCAGAGGGGUCUUACACCUUUCUCAAGGCAGCAGAGGUGCAGGAUCCGUCCCUUGCAAGGAGAAAAGAGACUGUUCUCGCUGCACUACUGGGAGGGGAAACAUUCUAGUUGCUCUGUCCCCACCUUUUUUGUAACUUAUUUCUGUCGUCUUUUGUAUUGUUUGUAGCUCUAAACUCUACCAGAAUAAAAGAGUUUUUUUU